CAACAACAAGCGAUCGAGAUCGAGAUAAGUAGCGUGGACGCAUCAGCGUGAACCCGGCCGCCGGCAUGUUCGCCGUGUAUCCACCGCCGCCGCCGCGCUUCAAGUUCAACCGCAUGUUUCCCGUGCAGGCGCAGCUCCCGCCGUUUGCCUACCACGCUGCUCCCCUGCCGCCGGUACAGCCGCAGCUGGCGGUCCAGGUGCGUCCAGUGUGGGCGGGGAGCUUCAACGAAGAGUGGGCCUACCUCCAGAGCUUCGCCGCGUGCGCCCGCUACGUCGCUAUCGACGUGCACUACCCGGGACUCGUCCACGCCGCCGGACAGGACCUCAGCAGCCUGACGGUAGAGCACCGCUACGCGCUCAUGAAGGCCGACGUGGACGGCCUGAAGCCGCUCCAGGUCGGCAUCGCCGUCUGCGACCACCUCGGCCAGCAGGUCGCCUGGGAGUUCAACCUCCGCGACUUCUGCCGCCCCGCCGACCCGCACAACGACAAGGCCCUCGACUACCAUGCCGCCCGCGGCCUCGACCUCGACACGCUCCGCAACCACGGCGUCGACGCCUACAUGCUCGGCGCGCUGCUCAUGGGUUCCGGCCUCAUCGGCGCCGGACACGGGCGGCCGCUGUCGUGGAUCACCCACGCCGGUGCCUACCACGUGGCGUACCUCCUGAAGAUUGUCACGGGCGGGGCCCCGCUGCCGCACGACGUGGCCGGGUUCCUCGGCGCCGUGCAGUACUACCUCGGCCAGCAUGUCUAUGAUGUUGCCACGAUGGCAGCCGACUGCGAGGGCAUGCCGGUGGGGCUGGACUGCAUCGCCGCGAGCCUGCGCAUCCAUCCGCCGUGGGGGAGCCCUCGCCUCGCGGGCGCCGCCGGCGUGCGCGCGCUUCUGGCCUUCAGGAUUUUGAAGGACGGGCAGUUCGGCGGCAAUGUGGAGAGGUUCCGAGGCCUGUUUCAGGGCCUGCAGCAUUAGAUCAGAAUCACACACGAGCAGUGUUGGUCAAGAAUUCGAAUGUGCAACGGACUCAUGCCUUCCGCUACCGCUUAAUCGGGCCACUUGCGUCGAUCAUUGGUCAAGAGUUGAGAAGAUUGUUACUCACUACAGUUUUAUAUACGUCAAGCGUUUGUUUUCCUCAUCGCAGAAAAAAAAACAUUUGAUUUUCUUUUUUUGCAUUGUAGUAGUAAUCAGACCGUCCAGUUAAGGUUUUAGUGACGAGUGAUGUAUUUGUCGUAAUAAUUACUUGAGCAGUAUGUAUAAACUUCCAGUCAAGAUUUCAGUAGUAUGUAUUUGUCGUAAUUUCAUAAGUAAUGUUUUUGUCAACUGUCUAUCUUUUAUGCUUUUUUUUUUUGGAAAAGGAGGAUCAUCCUCGGACUCCUGAAUCUGAAUGAUGCAUUUUUUAGGCAUCUCCAA